AUGCAAUGGAUUGGCGACAAUCUUCGAGAAAAUUGGAGGCGUUUCAAACAACAUGCUGAAUUAAUGUUUUCGGGUCCUCUAAAGUCACGCCCAGAAGCAGAGAAAUGUAGUUAUCUUUUAAUCUGGAGUGGUCAGAAAGGAAGAGAUAUCUUCAACACAUGGCAAAACCUCACACAAGACGACAAAAAGAAGUUGCAAAUCUACUACGAUCAAUUUGAGCAACACGUGGGUCCAAAGUCUAAUCCUGUCUUUGCACAAUACAAAUUUUGUCAGAAGAUCCAAUCGCCUGAUGAAUCUAUAGAGCAAUUCACCACUGAGCUUCAAAUCCUCGCACAAGACUGCGAAUUCACCAACACAGAUGAGAUGAUUCACAACAGAAUUGUCUUCAGCACCAAAUCAAUGAAAACUUGA